AUGAAUCCCACCUGGCCGAUUACUUUAGUUGCCCGUAAAAGCACCAGCUCAAUGGUUCGAACUAAUCAACUCCAACCUUCGCAGAGAGGGACAGAGACUAAGUACUAUGUUCCUCCCGUUUAUUUGGUAAUGAUAAAUUUAAAUGAUCUGGGCCGUGCUGUUACUGGAUACAAAUCCAUUGAGUAUAGGCUUUGGAAAGUAGUUGAGACUUGA